AUGCCCAAAUCUAUGUCGAUACCGCUAGACGCGAUGAGAGCUUACCGGGCCUGUCUGAAUUGUCGGAACCGCAAGAGCAAGUGUGAUCUCAACCUUAACCAAGGAAGACCGCCCUGUCGAAGAUGCCAGCGAGAAAAUAAAGAGUGCAUCUUGGGGGAAAGCCACCGCGGUGGCCGGCGAGUUAGGAAGAAACCAAAGCUCGAGGAUGGGGUACGAUUAUUUUCUCCAAAUCUGUCCGAUAUUGCUGGAAAUUGCAGCUUAAAUACUUGCUUAAGCCCACACCAUAGCCCUCUUACUCUACAACCUGAGGUUCUCCACAGCAGCCGCAGAAACUGGCCAGGUAAAAGUCAAUCAUGUAAUCAGAUUCCUCUCUCAUCAAUCCAGCUCGAGAGCAAAGUAUUUAAACGAACUCAAUAUUCCGACGUAGGUGUUCAAAAGAAAUUGGAGAUAAACUCACCCGAAUCUCGAAAAUUGACUAUUGGUCAGCAGUCUUGUAAUGGGAAAAAAUGCAUCGUAAACUCUAAGCUACCAAGCCUUCAAGAAGGAAUCGCAGCUGCUAACCUCCAAAAUCCAGCAGACGCGUUGGAAAUUUUACAUUGGGCUGCCAAUCAAAAAACAAAAACUAGUUUAUAUGAGAAAAUCCAAGGUACCCUGACGGAAGAUUCGAUUUCGCUUUAUGAUGAGCCGCGCUUUAGAGCCAACGAUAGGUUUCAUUAUGAGCCAGUACAAAAAGAGAUGAUUAGUAUAGAAGCUGUUUACUCGCUUUUUGAGAGGUAUGCUGUAAAUUUCAAGGGCAAGAAAAUAUGCUAA